GUGUUGUCCCGCUUUGUCCCUGUCUGUAUGCUUGGACACGUUCACGAUUCGAAGGGUGGGAGGGAGGAGGGAGCCGAGAUCAGGCAGUGGCUUCGAGGAUCGAACGGCACCGAACGAGUGAUAGGGGCAAAGAUGUUCGAGGACAGAUGCGGCCGUUUGUUGGAGGAAGAGGAGAGGGCUCGUAGCAGGAUUGCGGAAAGGUUUUUGGUUCUGGUGAAGUGUGGCUGGGCUGCCACGAGGCUGCGUGUGUGCUAUUCACGGCAGGGACAAGCUGACAGUCAGCCUUGGCGAAUGCUCCUUCAGAAUUAUGUCCGGACGACCUUGGAUGUUUCCAGCAAGACGAAGCUAAUCCGAGACGAGAAGAAGCAAUUAUCAAUAUCUGGGCGAGAAGGAAGAAGGAAGAGGGAGGGGAAGAGAGAGAGAGGGAGCGGGAGAGAAGGGACAAGAAGUAGAAAGUGGUCUAUGAAUGACAGGUGACGAAGAGCUUCGUUCGCCUCGAGGAAUGUGUGGACUCGGUGACGGGUUUCUAGUGGGCUGGGUUCGGUAACUGCGUCGAAGGACCAGACUGGAAUUCCAGGGUCAGGGACAAGGCAUCCAGGGAGUAAAAGCAGAUGGACGGGUGCGAGUGUCAAAUUGUCCAACGAGAGAUCAAAAUAGUCGAGGAUGUGAGGCUUCCGUUUCGUAGUCGGAUCUUG